AUGCUAACUUCUACAGCCGAGCUGGGCCAGCUGACAGCCCCCUCCCCGCCCCUUCCGCUUCCGUGGGGCUCCUCCCUCCUUCUGGUGGUGCUAGGGCUUUGCCGCCGGCGGCCGGAAGCCACGCGGCUCUUACGCCCUAUGGCCGCCGCGGGGUCCGCAAAGGUGGCGUUGCGGGUGGCGGAAGUGCUGGAGACCAUCGUGAGCUGCUGCGUGGGACCCGAGGGGCGGCAAGUUCUGUGUACGAAGCCCACCGGCGAGGUGCUGAUCAGUCGGGAUGGAGGCUGCCUUCUGGAGGCGCUACACUUAGAACAUCCCAUAGCCAGGAUGAUGGUAGCCUGUGUUUCCAGUCAUCUAAGAAAAACAGGAGAUGGUGCUAAAACAUUUAUUAUCUUUCUUUGUCACUUACUCAGAGGACUUCAUGCAGUAACAGACAAAGAACAGGAUUCUUUGAUUUCCAAAAAUAUUCAAACCCAUAGAAGGCAUUGGAAAAAUUGUUGUCAGUGGAAAUUUAUUUCUCAGGCUCUUCUGAAGUUUCAGACACAAGUAUUAGAUUAUAUUAUGGGCCACUACUUAAGCAAACACUUUUUGUCCAUCUUUUCUUCAUCCACUAAAGAGAGAACAUUGUGUAGAAGCUCUUUAGAGUUGCUCUUAGAAGCAUACUUUUGUGGAAGAGUGGGAAGAAAUAAUCAAAAAUUUAUUUCACAAUUGAUGUGUGACUACUUUUUCAAGUGUAUGGCUUGUGAAAGUGGAUGUGAAGAAGUAUUUGAGUUAGUGGAUGACUAUUUUAUAGAGUUGAACGUUGGUGUCACUGGCCUUCCUGUCUCAGAUUCCAGGAUCAUAGCUGGACUUGUGCUUCAUAGAGACUUUUCUGUAUACUGUCCAGCAGAUGGUGACAUAAGAAUAGUGAUAGUAACAGAGACUAUUCAGCCUCCUUUUUCAACUUCUGGAUCAGAGUUUAUUUUAAAUUCAGAAGCACAGUUUCGGACAUCUCAGUUUUGGAUUAUGGAAAGGACAAAAGCAAUCAUGAAACAUUUACAGAGUCAGAAUGUAAAAUUGCUGCUGUCUAGUGUGAAACAACCAGAUUUAGUUAUUUAUUAUGCAGGACUGAAUGGCAUAUCUGUCGUGGAGUGUUUAUCCUCUGAAGAAGUAUCUCUUAUCCAGAGGGUUGUUGGUCUUUCUCCCUUUGUAUUGCCACAUACCUCUUCGCGGUAUGAAACCUGUAACACUGCUUUGAUGAAUUUUUGUAAGCCCCUUAUCCUUAGAUCCAAAAGGUAUGUUCAUCUUGGCUUGAUUGGCACAUGUUCGUUUAUACCACACUGUAUAGUACUUUGUGCACCAGUGCAGGGUCUUGUGGAACAGCAUAAAAGUGCUUUACAUGGAGCAUUUAAAAUGCUUCGGCAGUUAUUUAAAGACCUUGAUCUAAAUUACAUGAUACAAGCCAGUGAUCAAAAUUAUGCAUCAAGUCCUCUUACCUACAAGAAUAGCAGAGAAAGUACGCCAUUGCCAGAAAUUGUUAAUGGUUCAAUGCAAAGCCCAUAUCAGGGCACAGUUGUAGAGAACAAAGGUAAGCUGGCAACAACUCAAACAUAUUUAAAAGUAUAUUCAAAUUUUGUAGUUCCAAGUGUAGAAUUAGAAACACAUAUUCCACGUUCAAUACCAAAAGUGACACCAACAGAUACAUACCAGACAGAUGAAACAUUGAGAUAUUUAUCUCUAGCCAGGAUAGUUGAUGACAGUGAACCAUUUAUGGAGAGUAAUUCUGCUAAUUCAACAACAGAAAACACUAGAAUAGAAAUUUCUUGUGAAAAUUUACAAGUCACAGAAAUUGCUGGAAGGGGAAGCAUGUUAGCAGUGAGAGAGAAGUCACUGGAGAUGUGUACAUCCCGCGGUUACUGCUUCUCAUCUAUACCAGCAGGUUGUGUUUUGCCAGUGGGUGGUAAUUUUGAGUUUUUGUUACAUUACUAUCUUCUUAACUACGCCAAAAAAUGUCACCAUUCAGAAGAAACUAUGGUCAGCGUGAUAAUAGCUAAUGCUCUUUUAGGCAUUCCCCAAAUCCUGUAUAAGUCUAAGAAGGGAAACUAUAGCUUUCCACAAAUAUAUGUAAGAACUCUCCAUGCGAUACAAACCCAUCAACCCAUGGUAAGCAGUCAGACAGGUUUGGAAUCGGUAGCUAGUAAAUACCAAUUACUAACUUCCGUUCUUCAAUGUUUAACAAAAAUUUUAACCAUUGAUUUGGUAAUCAAUAUUAAGAGACAACCUCAGGAAGUUUAUGAUCAAGAUUCAGAGGAGGAAGUAUAAAAUUGGAAGUUUUUUUAUUAACCAAAAUUUUAACCCAACUCAAGCCAUAAAGUAAAAAAUGUGACCACUGAUUCUCAAAUCAAUUUGGUCUAGUUAGGAAAACAUCAAAACUUAAAAAAAAUCUUUAGAAGAACUACAGUAAGAGGCUAGCAGACAUUCAGACCAAAUAUUAGACAACAUUCUGGAACUGUUCUGAGGAGGAACCCUUCCACAUGAGGGAAGCCAAGAUAUGACUGUGUGUCUUUCUUCCCCUUAAAUUUCCCUGUGUCUCAGCUCUGUGUUAGUCCGUGUAUAUGCGAGAGGGUGUUCCUUUAUAGUCCUUCUUACUUUUCUGUACAUUUUUUCACUCUCUUCAUCUGUCCUCCUUGCCUUUCUGUAUUUAUUUAGUUCAUAGGAUUAUUUAAUCUGAGAUUUGGAUAAGGUCUUCAAAUGUCAUCCUAUUCUAAUUGUUUAUAAUAUUAAACAUUAUUUGCUUCAUUUAAAAUAAUGUAUUUUCUCUAUUCCUAAUUUCUAAAAAGCAAUGAAUAAAAAGUCUUGAUUUCUUUUCUCAAGAAGCAUAUAAACUAAAUUAGUUUUUACUUUUAUAUAUCCCCUUAUUUAUUUCUGUUUUAUGUGGAAAAGCCUGGAUAUAUUUUUUCCACUGUCCAUACACCACUGAAUAAUAUGUAACUAGAAAUAUGACUUUGUGCAUUGCAAACUUACUUUCAUUUCUGUAGUUAAAAGUUAAUUUCAGAAAGCUUAUGAAAUUCAUACUGUAUUUUCUCCUGUUCUCUAAGAGCUUGUAAAAAUAAUUCACGUAUUUGCUGGUUUUUCUUAUAUUUGGUGCAUAGCCAGAGUUCAUUUGUAAUAAAGAAUUUGAAAAUUAUUUCUAAUGUGAAUUUCAUAUAUUUAUAUUUUAUUAUAAAGGUUUAUAAGUGC